GUCUGCCUCAGAGCACUGGUAACACGUUACGUGUCGCAAACAUUUAACCAACGUCAAUAUAACAGUGUACAAAAUAGAGAUAUAAAAUAGCCAUUUCAAUUUGUCGAUUGUGCCAAGCACGUCUUUUAUUAUAGAAUAUUUGAAAAAACGUGAAUUUAAGUUGUUUAGGAGAUAAUUAAGGAAGAGCGCGUCCGAAAGAACAACUAUCGUUCCACAAUGCUGAAGUUAGCGGUUACGGUGUGUUUGGCGAUAUCAGCUGUGAACUGUCAAUGUUUCUACAAAGAUGACACGUCGAAGAAGUUGGAUCCUGAAGCAAGGACGUUAUUGUACAAGGGGCAGUUGGAAUUUACUUUGAACCUCUUCAACGUUAUCAAUAAAGCAGUUCCUGAUGACAAUAUCUUCUUUUCACCUUUCUCCGUAUACCAUUCGCUGUUGCUCGCUUAUUUCUCUUCUAGCGGUCAGACGGAAGAAUCUCUAGGGAAAUCUCUACAAAUAGCUGAAAAACUGGACAAAAUAAACCUAAUGACAGCCUACAAAGUGGACAAGCGGUCUCGACUGCUGAACAAUAACAGCGACAGCUAUGAGUUCACUAGCGCUAACAAGUUGUUUACCGCUAAAGAACUGCAAGUCCGGAAGUGCUUGCUCGACUUGUUUGGGGAAGAACUCGAGACAAUGAACUUCAGAGACAAUCCCCAAGAAGCCCGAGAAUACAUCAACAAAUGGGUGUCAAAGGUCACGAAGAACAACAUCAAUGACCUUAUUCCUGAGGACGGAAUCUCUCAGUCUACAAAACUGGUGCUGGCCAAUGCUGCUUACUUCAAGGGCGUGUGGGCAUCCAAGUUCCCUGCCGAGCAAACUAAGAAACAGGCUUUCUUCGUCUCGGAGACCAGACAAACUCUGGUGCCUUUUAUGAAACAGAAGGGAACUUUCCAUUAUAUGGUUAGUGAUGAUCUGGGCGCGCAGAUUUUGGAGCUACCGUACAAAGGCAAUGACAUCAGCAUGUACAUCCUUCUGCCACCAUAUUCCAUGAAGGAAGGAGUAACAAACAUAAUCGCAAACCUGACCCCGGAGCGACUAUCCGCUGUAGUGGAAGAGAGCUACAUGGGUCGUGAAGUCGUCGUCGAGAUUCCCAAGUUCACCAUUGAAAGAAGCCUUCCACUAAAAGAGGUGUUGGAAAAUCUGGGCGUUGGUGACCUGUUCAAUGGAACUGCUGAUUUUAGUUCGCUCACCGAGCAGAAAGUCAUCUUUGAUGAUGCCAUACAUAAAGCCAAAAUACAGGUCGAUGAAGAAGGUACUGUAGCGGCAGCCGCAACAGCGAUCUUCGGGUUCCGGUCUUCUCGACCAGCUGAGCCUACGUACUUCAAGGCUAAUUUCCCCUUCGUUUACAUCUUGUACGAGCGUCCUACCAACUCCAUUCUCUUCAUGGGCGUUUACAGAGACCCUAAAAAGUAGAUCUCAGUUAUAUUAAUAAAGAAGUUUAUAAGUGUUGCCUCUUGAGUGACGUGUGUUUUGAACGCAGCCGUAUUUGGUAUUAAAAAACAACCAGAAAUAAAUAAUGUUCUGUUUUUGAACGUUAGUUAAUGCAUUCGUAAAAAAAUGACAAGUGAGAUUUUUGUUGAUAUCCGGAAUAAAAAAAUACCAAAAAUUUACCAACCAUUUCAAAACUUAACACUAUUUUAAGGGUCCAGAGGUAACUUUCAAACUUUACACAGCAACAUUGUGACGUAUACUUUCUGUACAUCAACAAUGAGUUUACAGUGACUGUUGUCGCUUGCGACUGUGUAAAAUAUUUGACAUUUUGGUAUGAUACAGAACCUUUAGCGGUCACGAAAAGAAGUCACAUUUUUGUAUACAAUUUUUUGACGCGAUCGCUAGCGACAACUGUGCCUAAACCACGAGUUUACCGUGACAGUUGUUGCUAGCGACCGCGUAAAUUAGUUCACAAUUUUGUAUGGUAAAUUAUCCAGCGCCCCUAGCGGUCACAAAAGUGAAUUACAUUUUGUACACAAACAUUUCCACGCGGUCGCUAGGGAUAACUGUCCCUGUAAUCUCAUGGUAGAUGCACUGAUACUGUAAACUCAAUAGUAUGUAAACCAUACGACAUAAAGUAGAAGAUUGAUUAAAUCGCCAUCUGACUUUUCGUACCGUAUCAGUAUGUAAAGUAAUGAGUCGUAAGUCCUUGUAAUAAUCUUAAGUUGAACUUUCAUGAUCAACGUAUUGAGAUUUUCAGUUUGAGUUCAUAAGUAUUUUGAUAGUUUGUAUGGGGCCAAACCGUUCCAAAAUAUAUUUAUGGUAUUUAUAAAAUUGUUUUAAGCAAAUUUUAUACUGCUUUUGAAUUUGCGAGACGUAUUGUAGUACUGUUUGAUUCCGUAUUUUUAAGAUAUUAAUUUAAGAUU